AUGUCCAACAUGCUGCGUGUUGCGGGGACCCUUCUCCCUGCAGACGUGCAAUGCCGGAGGUUUGUGGCGGCUAACAGGUAUGACCUGGCCGAGACGGGGUAUGGCCGCGCCCUUCUGGCCGCCAUGUCUGAUAUGGACAGGCUACAGGAAGUGGAGGUACUGAAGAGCCUGGGAGACUUGAACGUGGAGAAAGGAAGACUCCACAAGACCGAAGCUCCGCGGAACUUGGAGCGGGGCCUGAACCUGUACAGGGCCGCGCUGCCCGAGAAACUCAGGCAGAAAACGCCCAUAGCUGGAUCAACUAGGAACACAAGCAUUGACUCUGUUGCGAGGACUUCAGAAGUCUUUCAAGACUUGGACAGGAAACGGGCGAACGGUGGCCAUAUGGACUCCAUCUUAGAGGGCUACACUAAGAACCUUGUAGAUGGAAUAGCGGAGGGGAACAAUCUGUUGGAAGUAGAGGCUAUAAAAAGUCUCGGAGACGUGAACCUUAAGAGAGGAAGAGACUUAAAGGAGCCCAGACACUUGACCAAGGCUACAGCCCUGUACAGCACAGCCCUGGAGCGAUGUGACGAUCCACAUGGGAAAACCGUCCUCACACAUCGCUUACUGCACGCAGCAAAAGUCAGGAAGGACAUGGUGGAAAGAAGGAGACGGAUGAGUCCAAGGGACAAAAAGACAGACAAGUGGCUGCCAGGUGAAUCUAAGAAGGUCACUUCGACUAUUCCUCAAGGUCUUGACCUCUAUAUAGCGAAUAAUUUAAGGGUGUACAGAGAGCAACUACAGAAGGGCUGCAGGGCCCUGCAGACAGGAGACCUGGACACGGCAGAGAAGCACUUUGCAAAUACAGACAAAUACAAGAAAGAGGCGGAGCCCCUGUGCAGGUUAAGCGAUGUCUACCUGGAAAGAGGAAAGAAGUCGAAAGAUGGAAGUGAUUUUACCAAGGCUGCAGCACUCCGUAAUGCCGCACUGGUCAGAGCAAGAAUGAAGAAAGACCGAGAGCAUGUAGAAGAAAAGAUGAAACGAAUCGAGCAGGAGAUCGAUCCUUAUAGUCUUGAUGACGAUGAUCCAGAGAUAAGAGAAGUGGAGAAGCAGAGAGCCGAAGCAAUCUUAACAUUGUUCCAAACAACAAUUGUUGAACAGAGAAAAACGUUCAUAUCUGGCCUUGUAGAUGAAUGUAUGCAGGUAAUGGGCCCCCCUCCCUGUAAGUACGCAAUGAUAGGCCUGGGUUCACAGGCCACAGGGUUAGUAACCCCGUACUCUGAUCUGGAGUUCGCCAUCCUGAUAGAGGAGGAAACAGAGAGUAACGUCGAGUAUUUCCGCAACCUCACUCAUUAUCUGCAUCUCAAAGUCAUCAACCUGGGAGAAACCAUUCUCCCGGCCAUGGCGAUUAAGUCACUCAAUGAUUUCUCCUCCAAAGACCCAUCGAACAGCUGGUUCUACGACUCUGUAACGCCGCGCGGGUUCGCGUUCGACGGAUCCAUGCCGCAAGCAUGCAAGACUCCACUGGGCAGGGGUGAAACAUCUGAACUUAUUCACACACCGAGUAAGAUGACUAGAAUCAUGCAAGACGACCUGACUAUGUAUUUAAAGAAAAGCUACCAUCUCGCCAGCAUCUUGGGGAAUGUGUGUUUGAUCACAGGAGAGCAGGACUUGGUCGAUGUGUUUUCCGCCUUGUGGACUGAGCACCUCCAAGGCAGUAAAGGAGUAAUAUCUGCGUUACAGGCAUGGAGUAUUAUGAGCGAAAAUACAAAUAACCAAACAUUUACACUGGAAGAUCCAACAUCAAGACUGCUAGAUGUAAAGAAAGAAAUCUAUCGAUUUUCGACCCUUGCAGUUUCGUGUUGGGCGUUACUCUGCGGUAUACAACCCACCACAAUAUGGGAGACUAUUCAGAAGAUGCACAAAAACGGAGUCAUCAACAGUGAAAACGCGCAUCACUUGAUGGUGCUGGUCAGCAUCUCAGCAGAACUGAGGCUGCGGACAUACAUAAACAACCGUGGACAGGUGGAGAACAUGUCAGCCUUAUCGUCCAUGUCUGAUAACACAGAUAUGGGGGAGAAAUUGAAGAAAGUGUUUUACUUCUCCAAUACAAAACAACUGAUGAGGUACCAUAGUACAGCAAUGCCAUUAAAGUCCUUUAUUCUAGAACUUAUCAUCAUAUACCCAUCGACGUGGCACUACAGCAUGAGGUUGCAAAACACGGCGAGGGAAAAGCACAUCCUGACAUCGCCCACUCACUUAACAACUUGGGUAACGCCUGGAGGGAAUGGUAAUCACAGAAAGGCUGUCAGCUGUUAUGAACAGUCACUACAGAUGAGGCGGAGUAUCUAUGGUGAGAACACCGAACAUCCUGACAUCGCCGACUCACUUAACAACUUGGGUCUCGCUUGGAGUGACCUUGGUGAUUACAGAAAGGCCGUCAGCUAUCAUGAACAGGCACUACAGAUGAGGCGGAGUAUCCAUGGUGAGGACACUGAACAUCCUGACAUCGCCAUGGCACUUCACAACUUGGGUAACGCCUGGAGUUACCUUGGUGAUCACAGAAAGGCCGUCAGCUUUUAUGAACAGGCACUACGUAUGAGGCAGAAAAUCCAAUGUGAGGACACUGAACAUCCCGACAUCGCCACGUCACUUAACAACUUGGGUAACGCCUGGGCGCUCCUUGGUGAUCACAGAAAGGCCGCCAGCUAUAACGAACAGGCUCUACAGAUGUGGCGGAAUGUCCAUGGUGAGGACACUGAACAUCCUGGCAUCGCCACGUCACUUACCAACUUGGGCAACGCCUGGAGGCUCCUUGGUGAUCACAGAAAGGCCGUCAGCUAUUAUGAACAGGCACUAUCGAUGAUGCGGAAUAUCCAUGGUGAGAACACUCCACAUCCUGACAUCGCUAUGUCACUUAACAACUUGGGUGCCAUGUGUGGGUUUCUUGGUGAUCACAGGAAGGCUGUCAGAUAUUUAGAACAGGCACUGCAGAUGUGGCGGAGUAUCUAUGGUGAGGAUGACGAACAUCCUGCUGUUGCAAAGACACUUAAGGCCCUGAGCCUGGUUCGUAUGUGCGAGCUGAUUGGUUAUCACGGAGAGGCGGCCUACUAUUAA